AUGAAUGUGGUUUGCCACUUCAAUCCUGAUUCAGUCUUGGUAAUUGAAGAUGAUUCUGACUAUAUAAACGAUCGUACUUGCCAUGUCUUUGAUCUCAUGUUUUGGGCAUAUCGUCAGUCGAUAGAAGGUUUCAAGCAUUGUCAGCCUGUGCUUUUUAUUGAUGAUACAUUUCUAUAUGGCAAAUACAAUAGGUGUAUAUUGUGUACAAUAUUGCUAAAUGGGAAUAAUCAGAUAUUUCCACUGGCAUUUGCAAUCAUUGAGAAGGAGAAUUCAGAUAAUUGGAAAGCAAUGCAACAAGACUGGUGGCAACCUCCAAGUGGACAUUAUCAAUACUGCAUUCGAUAUAUUUUGAGCAAUUAUAAUACAAAAUUCAAAAAUGCAGUCAUGAAAGAAUGUCUAAGGAAGGCUGCCAAUCAUAAUCAAAGGAGGAAAUUCUAUGAGACAAUGAAUAAAAUAGAGGAAGUUAAUCCAAAGACUUUUGAAUGGGCUGUGAAGAUUCCUCUAAAUAAGCAGACUCGUUCCCACUAUGGUGGCAAGCGAUAUGGAUCAAUGACAACUGACACUAUUGAGUCUGUCAAUGGAAUGUUGAAAGGUUUUCAAGCAUUGCCCAUUACAGCAAUGAAGAUUGCUCAAUCUGCAAAUGGCCAUCUUGUAACAACAUUUAAUCGUGAUGAAUUAGUUAUCAAAUUCCAAAGUGCAAAAUCUGGGCAAAAGCAAGUGGUUAAGCUUAUAGAAGGGACUUGCACUUACGAUAAAUUUCAAGAGAUGUGCAUCGCAUAUUCACAUGCCAUAGCAGCAUGCAUGUCAAGAUCUAUGGAUUAUGAGCAAUUUGUUGAUAGCUACAACAUAUUAGACAGAAUAAUCAAAUGUUAUGAACACAUGUGCACUCUUUUAGCUUACUAUAGCUAUCAUGAGUUGCCAAUUUCAAAAGCUACAUCGGCUGACAUGGCUCACAAUACAAAUGAAGAAAUUACGAAUAUGAAGGAUCACCUUCUCAAGAAGAUUAGGGCUAUGGAUAGGAGGUUGGAUAAUUGCAUGCUGAAAAAAGUGAGUUUUCAAGUGUGUAUGAUGACAGCUAGUUCUCGUGUUUCACGAUUUAUAGAAGAUAAUGACCUAUCUUAUUAUAGUGACAAUGAUAGUGGUGAUUUUACGAAAUAUCUAUCACAUUGUCUGCCAAAAUGCUGUUGA